GCUUAAUGGUUUCUAAUAUUACACUCUAAGCAAAGAAAAACUUGUUUAUUUAGCAAUGAUCAUGUUUGUAUUAUGAUUAAGUAAUUUUUUUGUCGUCAAUUGCAGGUCUGCUCCAACUAAAAGACCCUCUCAAAUUAAUUUCAAUACCAAAGUCUUCAAUCCAAGGUUCAAAGCCUGUAAUCUCUCAGAACUUGUGGCCACGCAAAGCAUCAAAGAACUCAUCUGACCCGUUGAUAAAGUUGGUGCAUGAACUGCAUAGAGAUUUGGAAUUGGUAUAUGUUGGCCAGGUUUGCCUCUCUUGGGAAAUCCUGUGUUGGCAACACAAGAAAGCUCUUGAGUUACAGCAAUAUGAUUCACAAGGGUCUCAUAGCCAUAGGUAUAAUCACGUUGCUGGUGAGUUUCAACUUUUUCAAGUACUAGUUCAAAGAUUCAUAGAGAAUGAACCAUUUCAAGGCCCUAGGCUACAGAACUACGUCAAGAACCGAUGCGUGAUUCGCAACUUGCUCCAUGUUCCAGGCAUUAAAGAAGAUGAUAAAGGGUAUGAGGAAGAGGAUGCUGCUAUUGCAAGUGGAAGGUUGACAGAGAUCAUCAAGGAAUCAAUGCGGGUGUUCUGGGAAUUUGUUCGAGCAGAUAAAGAUUACGGGAAUGUUAUCUUUAAAGCUUCUCAGCACCACAAAAUUGAUCUUAACGACCCUAUGAUUCCUGGUCUUAUGGUGGAGAUUAAAGCACAACUACAGAAAAAGGAGAGAAGGCUGAAGGACAUAGUGAGAACUGGGAAUUGCAUAGUGAAGAAGUUCCAAAAGCACCAUGAAGAUGAACUUGAUCAUGAGCAAUUGGUUGCUCAGGUGGGGUUGAGAUUGAUUUCAAGGGUGUUAAACAUGUCAAAAUUGAAAAAAGAACAGGUAAUAUGGUGUAAUGAAAAGUUACACAGAAUCAAGUUUUUGAGCAGGAAGAUUGUCCAGGUGGAACCUUCCUUCUUGCUUUUUCCAUGUUGACUCAAAUCAAUUUGUUCUGAAUUGUAGAGCAAGAAAAAAAUGGUAGAGGAAUAGAGAUAGGGAUACCUUUUCACAGAAAAUGCUAUCCUAGAUUACACAGAAAUUGGGACACACAUCACAAAAUUCUCACUGUAUAUAUUUAUAUAUGUAUACAUAAGCUUGUGCUUACACAACAUGGUCAUAUAAUAAAUGGCAAGCUUGGUUA